AUGCGGGCAAUCAAUGGCUUUCAAGCGCUUUCAUAUAUUUUCUCGACACUUGCACAGCUGAGUCGAGCCAGUGCCUCCCAAUACAACAUCCCAAUUCUUGCGCCCAAACCGCCAGACAUCGACGCGAUCUCUUUCCUCAGUUCCCGAGCACCAGACCAAGACGGCAUCUUCAACGAAGCCGUCAAAAUUCUGAACUCGAUGAAAUCUUCACCCUCGUGCAACCUUCUAGCAGCGACAAAACUAGUGAACUCAUGUCAAACAUUCAACGAUGGGAAAGAUGGCGCGCAAACGGAUAGCCCAGAGACGCUCGACCUUCUUCGAUCCGUCUAUGCCGCACGCCUGGCAUUGUGUGAGAUCGAUGGCACUGGCACCCCAACGCCUCCCUCGUGCCUCCCUGUCACCGUGUCGCCGCCUCCACAGAAGAAUCGAUUCGGCUUUGUGAGCCGACACAGAGGCUCUGACCCUGUCUCGGAUGAACUCCCGAAGGAAUUAUUGGAGCAAUGUCUCAAGACACUUGAGUCGCGACCACAGUGGUGGACUUCUUACAGCAACAAUCGACAGAAUGCACUUGUGAUUUGCCAUGCUUCGCGAAUGGAGACGGAAAAGGAGGAGCUUAUUGACCUGCAUCGAUCCAUUGCCAAGAGCAGUCUCAAGCUCAACAAUGGACUUCAAGAGGCUUUGCAGAAUGCAACUGCACAGUCUGCGCAGCAGCACUCAUUUAUCCAAGCUGUUCAAUCUCUACAAGAGAAGAUUGUUACCGAUAUGGAAGCGACAGACUCUGUGUUCAAACGAACAUUCGGCAAAUUUCUUCGAGAAAUCGAAGCUGGAAUAUGGUCUCUUCAAAAUUCUAUAUCUGUGGCUUUGUCGAAUGUGCGGACUGGGACGGGUGUCCUCGAAAAGGAUAUCCGGAACGUAUCGACCCAAGUGGAAGCACUUCAACAGGCUCUACGGAAUGCACAUCAGGACACAAUGGCUAGAAGCCAUGAGACGUUGCUGGCUCAAGAAACCAAUGCUGUUGCUCAGAGGGAUCUCGCAUCUUCUUUGCACUUGUCGCUCGAGUCACUUCUUGACUCAGAUAUGGACCGAGUGUACCGAGGCAUGCAGAGGUUCGACGCUGCUAUGGAAUGGUUAACCAGCCGAAUGAACAUGAUUCUUGAGCAAGAAACCAGAAUGACAGAGCGACUUCAAAACAUGGAAAUCUUCAUCCAACAAUCCGAAUCGAAAGCAAGCGAGUUACAAAAGGCCCAAAACCAACAAACAGAAGCACUAUCUGCACAAUCGCGGGCACAGGAAGCCAUUCAAUCUGACGUGCAAGUAUCGCAAGCUUUGCUGGCCAAAACUAGCGUUGCUGCUGCCAAUUUGCAAUCCGUUAUCGACGAUGCAGCGUUUAAGUUCAAACAUGUUCCGGGUUUCGGCAUCGGAGGAUCCUCCGCAUGGUCUCUCUGUGCUGUCCUGCUCAUCGUCAUCGCCGCCCAGAACCUUAGGGUUGCAAUCGCUUUAUUUUUUCUUAUUUUGGGGCAUUCUGCUGCCCUGACCAUCUUCAAAUUUCUUUAG